GUCAGACCGUAUAUUUUAGCGAGAAAUCCGCGGUCACACUGGUCCAGCUUUGUCAACAGUACGCGCAAUACAAUAAAAAUUAUAAACUACGCAUAAAUUAAGAAAUAAUUGCCACAAACAAAGGCUACAAACUGAGCAGCCAGGCAGUAGCAUGUAAAGAUGCUAAAGUACAUCAAGAGGCAAACCAGCCGUCGUCGCAGCAGCGCCCACAACGCGGUGGCCACUGAUGAUGAUGUGGACGUGAUAGACUGUGCGGCGCAGAAGAAGCGCCAUUCGCUGCGGUCCACAACCAGUUUCUGUGAUGAGGUUUUUAUGGAAGAGGAGGAAGGCGGCAACGGCAACGGCAACGAUGGCGCAUCCGAUGCCGUCAGCCUGCUGAAUGGCGGGGGCCCUGAUGAUGACAUAUUCAAGUACAAUUCCCGGCUCUCCAUGAAUCUGGCGGCAAUUGUCAGCGAACCGAAUUGUUUGAGCUAUUUCAUCCAGUACCUAGAGACGCGACAGGCCCUGCCCUUGAUCAAGUUCUAUCUAGAUAUAGAGAACUUUAAGAGGGCGGCUUUGAGCCAGACGGAGGGGGAGAACGAAGAGCCCGAAGCGCCUGCAACCAAAGCAGAACAAAAGCCAAACGAAGAGAAAGAUGUACCUGAACUGAAGACGCUGUGCGAUCUAUCCAUGCGGAAACCCCUCACGGACGACGAGAAGAGCCGCAUAUAUGCGGAGACCAACAAACAGAUCAAGAAACAGAAGGCCUGCAACGAGCUCUCGCUGGCGAGCAUCAGCGAUGCCAUAGCCAUCUAUCAGAAGUACCUGAUAGUCAAUGCGAAUCUGCAGGUAGAGCUGCCCAUUGUUAUCCUGGCGCACAUAUCCCUGCUUCUCUGUGGCCGGGAUAAGUCGCUGCCGAACCAUCCCAUCCUUGCCAGCUGCUUUGAUGAGGCCCGGGACUAUGUCUUGGAGCAGCUGGAGCGAGAGCAUGUGCAGGGCUUUCUGCAGAGCAGCUACUACUGUAACUACUGUCUGGAGCUGAUCGAGGUUGAGGGCACCAUUAACAUCUACGAUGUCCUGUACAGCGAGCUCGCUCUGUUCUACUUUACGGAGUAUCUAGAGCAGCAGCAGGAGCGCGAGUGCCUGGAGUUCUGGAUCACGGCCGUUAAUUUCCGGAAGAGUUUCGCCGGGGAUGAGGACCAGCAGGCGGCCCAGGCCGAUGCCAUGAUCAUCUACGGGAGAUACUUCUCCCUGCAGUCAGAGUGCCGUCUGUGGAUGUCCCAGAAGCUCCGGCUGCGCGUGGAGCAGGCCAUUUGCGGUCCUGAUGAGAUGUGGCAGGCCUUCGAUCUUGCCCUUCUCGUCACGGCCAAGUAUCUGGAGCAGAAGUACUUUGCUGAUUUCCUCAAGUCCCACAUCUUCGACAAUUAUGUAAAUGAACUAAAGGCGAAGCGGGGCACUCUGGUCACCGCCCAUGAUGUGCCAGAGUCCAGCAACAACUCUCUGUCGGGGCUGCAGCACAAGCUGAGCCUGCGACGGGCUUCCAACGUCUCCGCCCAGCAGCGGCAUCGCAAGACCAUGUCCAUGUCGGACUGCACGCACAUCUCUCAGCACAAUACCCUGCUGGCGGCGAUGGAUCACCAAACGAAGCCACCAGCAGCAGCUGGAAAUUUGAACAUCGAUGCACGGCAGCUGACGAAUCCACAGCUGCUCUGGCAGCGACCAGUGGGUGCUUUGAAAUUUGGUUUUGUCAACUCCCUGGGACGCUACGAGCGAGACUUUGAGGCGGUAGAUGCAGUGACGCUCAAGUCACAGCCGUGGUCGCUGAGCGUCAGCGGUAGCAAGAUCAAAAAUGCCAUGAGGAAGCUGGUCAAUCUGCCAGAGGACAAUGUGCAGGAGGAGAUUGCCUGGCAGGUGGCUGAGAUGAUUGUAAAGGAUGUGACUAGCAUUACCCUUAAGGGUGCCUCUGGGGUGCCAUAAGACUCUUUCUUCCUCGCUGAAGUUGCUUUUUAUUCGAAUUUUAAGAAAUUAUUUCUCGAUUUGUAUACAUAAAAUUUUUAGGUUAUAAUUUUUGGCGCUCAAAUCAAACCAUAAGUGCACAAAGGAUAUCUCAACAGAAGCUCUCUCUUAACCCCUUUAUAUUCCACUACCACUCUCUUAUGUACAAAAUAUGUUGAACAAAUGCAACUAUUUAUUAUUAACUAUUUAAA